AGCGAAGGAGACGGAAGUGUUCAUACGGCUGGUAAAGUGGGCGAUGCAAGCUCUGGAUAUAUACACACUGAGUAUCACGCCUACUGCAGCCCAGCCCACGGGUCUUAGGCAGGCACCUCAGCAGACAGUUAGGACGAAGGAGGAGAAGGAGGUGCUGGAGCACUUCUCUGGCGUGUUUUCAGUACUGGAUCCUCAUACUUUUCGGGAGAUAUUCUCAACAACGAUAGAAUACAUGGUGGAACGUAUUGCGCACAACUUUGCACUGCAAAUAGUGGGCAACACGUUCCUCUCCAAUUGCGGCACUUCACCGAUCUUCGCCACAGUUCUUGUCGAGUACCUGCUGGGACGAAUGGAGGAAAUGGGAAAUGGAAAUGCAGAGCGAAGCAACCUCUACUUGAAACUGUUCAAAUUGGUUUUCGGCAGCGUUCAGCUGUUCGCUGCCGAAAAUGAACAUAUGUUGCGCCCCCACCUACACCAAAUUGUCAACAGAUCAAUGGAGUUGGCCAUGACAGCUAAGGAACCUUACAACUACUUCUUACUUUUGAGAGCUUUAUUUCGGUCCAUAGGAGGUGGAAAUCAUGACCUGCUCUAUCAAGAAUUCUUGCCACUACUGCCCAACCUGUUACAAGGACUGAACAGUCUACAGUCAGGUCUACAUAAGCAGCACAUGAAAGACCUGUUUGUGGAGUUGUGCCUAACUGUGCCGGUGAGACUCAGCUCUCUGCUGCCUUACUUGCCAAUGCUCAUGGAUCCUCUGGUCUCAGCUCUCAACGGAUCUCACACUCUCAUCAGCCAAGGUUUGAGAACGUUGGAGCUUUGUGUUGAUAAUCUACAACCAGACUUCCUGUACGAACACAUCCAACCAGUUCGUGCUGAGCUCAUGCAAGCUUUGUGGCGCACACUACGCAACCCAACUGACCAGGAGGCACACGUCGCGUUCAGAAUCCUGGGCAAAUUUGGUGGAAGAAACCGCAAGAUGAUGAUUGAGCCCCAGCGUCUGGAGUACAGUGUGAGAGAGACCCCAGGCCCUGCUGUCGUCACUCACUUCCCAGACCACAACAAGCCUGUGGAAAUGCCAUUGGAGAAGAUAAUUGAUACAGCUGUGACUGCUCUGAAACUGAGCACCACAGAUCCAUUCUAUCUACGCCGUCAGUGUUGGGAAGUGAUACGCAGCUACCUGAUCGCUUCCAUCAAACUGGACGAUGACAAGUCUACUAUGCAGAAACUCUUCACUCACCCCAGUUUCCAGGAGGGUAAGAUUAACAUGAUCCAGGGUCUGCCCUACAAGUCUUCAGACAAGUUGGCUCGUCAAACUCAUGUCAAUGCACUUACUGGAAUGUUUGUGGGAGCUGCAAUGAAGGACUUGAAAUCCGUCGUCCAACCCACUAUGGUGGCCAUGGUCAAGCAUUACACAAUGGUUGCGAUUGUACAGCAAGCAGGUCCAUUCUCGCUGAAUGCCAAGCAAGUGUGCCUGGAGGGCAGCAUGGACGCAUUAGUCCUGGUGGACGCCCUUGCUGUUAUCAUGGGCCAUGAGGAGAAGGAACUGUGCAAGCCUGGACAGGUGGCUCUGGCCCUCAUACUGCAGACAGCUACCAACAUCCUUGGCUCUAAGGAUAGAGCUUGCCGUUUGCCACUAUUUGAAUACUUGGCAGAGCGCAUGUGUUCCCUUUGUUAUGACCGUGCCUGGUAUGCCAAACUGGGUGGCUGCAUUGCGAUAUCAUUUCUCUACGAACGCAUGUCCAUUCGUUGGGUCUACCAGCACCUCUUUGUGUUUGUCAAGGCACAGCUGUUUGUAAUGAUGGACCUCACUGGAGAGGUGUCUAGUGGAGCCAUUGACAAAGCCAAGAGUAACUUGGAGAACAUGCUGAUAUUGUGUGCUGCCCCUGUAGACGCAAGCAGCGACCCAGAGUUGGCUGGCAUUCAAAAAAAAGCUCUCAAUGAAGUAACAUACGAACUAAUAAGACAAGUUACUAGUCCUACAGACCUGCUAAGACAACAGGCUAUGUAUCUGCUGCAAGUGUUUGCAGAUGUCCAGAAGAAAAGCGUAGUGGAAGUGAUGGAGCCGCACAAGGACGAGUUGGCUGAUAUGAUCCCUCCGAAAAAACAUCUGCUGCGCCACCAGGCCGCCAAUAUUCAAAUUGGAUUAAUGGAGGGCAAUACGUUCUGUACAACCUUGUCACCCAGACUGUUCACUCUAGAUCUGAACGUUGGCGAGCACCAGGUUUUUUUCCAAGAGGUGACAUCUCUGUGCGAGGCUCAGGACAGUACAUUGCUGAAGCUGCCUUGUUACAAGAACAUCCGAUCGCUAGUGCCAUUGCGCAAGGCAGCUAUGAGGGCACUGGCUGCCUGCCACUACGUACCCAACUGUUCUGACAAGAUUUUCAAUACUCUGUACCAGGCCCUGGAGAGGCCCAACCCCGAGCUACAGGAGGCUGCGUUCGAGUGCAUGAAGACAUUCGUGGCUGGCUCUCAGAUUGAUAUGGCAAUGGUCCACGAGGUGAUGAGACCACUGUUGCUGACGCUGGGAGAUUAUCGCAAUCUCAAUCUCAGUGGGGCUCGUAGACUUUCCUACUUAGUUCAACUGUUUCCCUCCAGCUUCAGUGAGAAACUGUGUGAUCAGCUGUUGCAGCACCUGCGCAAACUGCUGGACAACUUGGUACAGGCACAGAAAGGAAUCUCGAAGAAUGGAGAUGCGGAGAAGAUAAUUGCCACCAUAAUCAGUAUUUUCCAACAAAUACCAGCAGCAGGCCCUCGAUUUAUUGAAGUGCUUUGCCAGCUGGUCCUACACAACGAGAAGGCCAUGCUGAUUGGUGCAUCCUCUCCCUUCCGAGAACCUCUGAUGCGAUUCCUUCUCCGCUAUCCAGACGAGACUAUGCACCUCUUCCUGCAAGACAAUAACAUCAAGGACGAGCAGUGGAGCCGGUACUUGGAGUACUUGAUUCGCCAUGCCAGUGGAAAACCAUUUAGAGACGUUCUGCAAAAUGACACAAGUGUGGAGAGACUAAUUUAUAUGGCUACAGUUUUGUCAAAUAACCAGUCCACGUUACCCAUAGCAGAUAAAACGGAACUGCAGUACCAGAGUAUCAGAAUAGUGUCUCUACUAGUAAAGUUUGAUGAUCAAUGGUUAUCCUCUCAACAUCGGCUGGUGAAUACCUUGAGACAGAUCUGGUGCAGUGACCUGUAUCAGGAAAGACACAAGAAGAUAGAGAAUGUCGAGUAUCAACAUUGGAAAGAACCAAAGCUGCUGGUCAAGGUUUUGCUGCAUUUCUUCAGCCACCACCCCACCAACAUUGACCUGCUGUUUCAGUUGCUGAGAGCAGUGUGCGACCGUUUUCUGCCUGACUUCACGUUCCUUAGAGAUUUCCUGGAAAACACAGUUGCUGGUGGUUAUACUGUGGAAUGGAAGAGAUCAGCAUUCUUCAGAUUCGUCGAACUGUUCCCCUCCACGACUGUCUCUCAAGAGUUGAAAGCAAAGAUCUUACAACUGAUCAUUAUACCGUGCUUUGCUAUAUGUUUCGAGAGAGGCGAGGGAGAGAAAGUUGUUGGACGGUCUUCAGCUCAGGACUCUCCAGAUAAUGUUAUCUCUGUAUUCAUCAACAAGGUGAUAGAUCCAGAUAACCCAUCCGGCAGCGCAGACUGUGUGCGGAUACUGCUGCUGCAGUUUUCCUGCCUGUUGGUGGAACAGGCCUUGCCACACACACAUGACACAGCUAACAAGGCCAAACUGAGGCGACUUAUGACCUUUGCUUGGCCCUGCUUCAUGGAGAACAACUGUGUUGAUCCAGCUACACGUUACCAUGGACAUUUACUAUUGUCACACAUCAUUGCCAAGUUUGCCAUCCCCAGCCUUCCUUACAAGAGGAUUGUCCUGAAAGUAUUCCACGGUCUACUGAAGGCCCAUGCUGUUGAAGUUAGGCAGGUGGUGCGACAAGCUCUGGAAAUUCUCACCCCAGCGAUGCCCGUCCGCAUGGAAGACGGCUACAAGAUGUUGACACACUGGACCAAGAAGAUUAUCGUAGAGGAAGGUCAUUCUAUGCAACAGUUGUUCCAUAUUUUGCAACUGGUUGUUCGUCACUAUAAGGUAUACUACCCGGUGAGACACAACUUGGUACAACACAUGGUCAACUCGACUCAGAGACUGGGGUUCAGUGCGUCAGCAACUAUAGAGUACCGCAAGCUGGCGGUGGAGCUGGCUGAGGUGAUCAUCAAGUGGGAACUUCAACGCAUCAAGGACGAGUCCGAGGCUACUCAAGUCAAGAUUGAGAGCCAAGAAGGAGGAACGGAGGGGGUGCGCAAAUCUGUAGAUGAUGGGGGCUCGCCGUGGAAACGUAUGGCAGUACAGGGACCAGGUGGAUUACCUACUCCUGUCGUCACCAAGGAGGAUCCUGAUAUCAGCAAACCAAUCGAUAGAGCUCAUGCUGAUACUGUCAUUAACUUCCUCAUCAAAUUGGCCUGUCAGGUGAACGAGGUGAGUCCUGGAACAACAGGAGUUGGAUCUCCUGGAGAGCUGUUGUCAAGGAGAUGUGUGGCUCUGCUAAAGAUGGCCUUGAAGCCAGAGGUCUGGCCCCAGCAGAAUGUGGACUUGAGACUGCAGUGGCUAGACAAGGUGUUCAUGGGUGUGGACGUAGCCCCCAAGUCAGCCAAGGAAGCUCCCAACCUCGGUAACGUGUGUACAGCUCUAGAGUUGUUCACGUUCCUACUCACCGUCAUGAAGAAAGAGCAGAUACUGACUACUAUAAAGCCUCUCCAGAGAGGAAUAGCGGCUUGCAUAUCAAGCUCUAAUUCCAAGGUGAUCCGCCUGACUCAUGGUUUGUUGACUCGCUUGACAUCUGUGUUCCCAACAGAACCCUCUGGUUCCCCAGUCGCCUCCAAGUAUGAAGAGCUGGAGUGUCUCUAUGCUUGUGUUGGAAAGGUGAUAUUCGAGGGCCUAGCCAACUAUGAGAAGAACACAACUGCAUCUUCAGCGACUUUGUUUGGCACAUUGAUGAUGUUGAAGGCAGCCUGCUCCAACAAUCCUGGUUACGUGGACAGACUCAUAAUCCCAUUCAUCCGAGUCAUCCAGCGCAUGGCUCGAGAACAUCUUAGUGCUGCUAACACUGAUUCUUCACCAGCUACAAGUGAUCUUUUGAUCCUGAGCUUGGAUCUGGUGAAAAAUCGAGUUGGGAUUAUGACAGUUGACACAAGAAAAACAUUUAUUGGGACCAUUUUGGUCGGACUUAUCGAAAAGACUCAAGACAUUAAAGUUAUGAAAGCCAUUUGUAAGAUGGUUGAAGAAUGGAUGAAGGUUGGCAAGAAUGGGUGUGCAUUGGCCGGCACAUCUCAACUGAAUGCUGGUCCUAGUCUAAGGGAAAAGUCCAUUCUCCUGGUCAAGAUGAUGCAGUACGUGGAGAAGAGGUUCCCUGAUCUGAACACACAAUUCCUCGAGUUGGUUAACUCAGUUUACAGAGAUGAAAGUUUGAAAACAUCAGAGUUGACAGUGAAGCUGGAGCCAGCGUUUCUGGCAGGUUUGCGCUGCACCCAGCCUCAGAUCAGAGCAAAGUUCUUUGAGAUCUUGGACGGGUCGAUGCGGCGGCGGCUGUACGACCGCCUGAUGUACAUCACCAGCUCCCAGAACUGGGAACCCAUGAGUCAACACUUCUGGCUCAAACAGUGCAUAGAGCUUAUCAUGGUCACUGCCACCUCAAACAGUCAGAUUCAGCUGGCCAGGGAAUCAGGGCUGCUGCCAAGUUUAUCAUCUGUGAUAGUGCUGGCAGAUCCUGCUGACAGAGAGAACUUUUCGCUGUACACUAACGUCAAAACUGACGAGGCGACAGAGAUUGAUGCUGGUCUCCUUGACUCCUCACAGGACGAAAUGGAGAUAGACUUGGAAGUGAAAGAAAUAGAUGAGGAAGCGAACCGGCGUACCACGCUGAACCAGCUGGUUGCGACUCAGGCCAAGUUCCUCGAGGAAGCCAGAGAAGUGCAGACCAGCCAAUUGUUGAGUGCCAUGACCCAACUCUGUCACAUGGAUACACAGUUGGCAGAAACUGUCUGGUUACAGCUCUUCCCUAGGCUGUGGGCGAUUCUCAACAGUCGCCAACAAGAGUCACUCACUGGAGAAAUAAUGCCAUUCUUGGUGAGUGGGAGCCACCUCACACAAAAAGACAAUCAUCCGAGUGCAAUUGCUGUGUUUUUCGAGGCCCUUGCACAUUGUAACCCACCGGUGGCCAUGAAAACUGUGGUGAUGUCUUAUCUGGGGAAGUCUCACAACCUGUGGCACCGCAUGACUCUGACUCUGGAGAAGAUAGCCAUGGAGCAGAACCAGCAGUCUCAGACCAAGGCCAGAAGAGAUCCUGUUGAGUGCUACGACUUCGAACCAGAGGGCACUCCUCAACAGAGCAUAAUGGAUAAUCUGGCAGAAAUGUACAUGACACUGAGAGAGGAGGACAUGUGGUGUGGUUUAUGGCAGAAACAUGCCAAGUAUCGUGAAACCAGCAUUGCAUUGGCAUACGAACAGCAAGGGUUUUUCGAACAAGCUCUGGGAGCAUAUGAGCUUGCCAUAGGGAAAGGGAGGCAAGACUACGCCACGAAUCCUUCUCCGCUCAGUUUGAUCAGUGAACAGAAACUGUGGGAGAAACAGUGGAUCAGGUGUUCAAAGGAACUCAACCAAUGGGAGCAUCUUCUAGACUAUGGUAAAACAAAGAACCACGUAAACCCAUACUUGAUUCUGGAGUGCGCUUGGAGGGUUCCCGACUGGAACUUGAUGAAAGAAGCUUUGAACCAUGUGGAGAGCAACUGUCCAAGUGAUAUGUUGUGGAAAGUAAAUCUUUACAAAGGAUUUCUGGCGAUCUGUCCACCCGAUGAACAACACCUACAGUUGGUGGAGCGUCUGGUGAAGAACGCCAGUGCUACUUGCAUGCGAGAAUGGCGUCGUUUGCCUCACAUCGUGUCUCACAUCCACUUGCCUCUCUUGCAAGCAGCUCAACAGAUAAUGGAACUCCAAGAAGCUUCCCAAAUUCACCAAGGUAUUUUGCACGAACGAAAUAACACUUUCCAAGAUAUGAAGGCUAUUGUCAAAACGUGGAGGAACCGGCUCCCCGUGAUUGCAGACGAUUUGAGUCACUGGAGUGAUAUAUUCACGUGGAGACAGCACCACUACCAGUUCAUACUGUCACACUAUGACUCCCAGCAUGACCAGGUCAACAACAGUCAGAGUAUGCUGGGCACCCAUGCUUCGGCUCAAGCCAUCAUCCAUUUUGGGAAAAUUGCUAGAAAACACAAUUUGACCGGCGUGUGUCUGGACUCUUUAUCAAGGAUUUACACAAUGCCGAGUAUCACGGUCGGCGACUCUUUCCAGAAGAUCAGACAGACAGUUAAAUGUUACUUACAAAUGGCUACGUUGUCCGGCAAGAAUGAACUACAAGAGGCUCUUGAAGUUGUAGAACUCACCAAUCUAAAGCACUUCAAGAAAGAGAUGACGGCAGAGUUUUAUGCUCUUAAGGGAAUGCUACUGUCACAAAUUGGUCGUACAGACGAUGCGCACAAAGCGUUCUCAGCAGCUGUACAGAUGCAUGACACCCUGGUAAAGGCGUGGGCAUUGUGGGGUGAAUACAUGGAACAGCAGUUCACCAAGGGCACUCCAGUGAUAACAACCGGAGUGGCAGCCAUUACUUGCUUCCUGCAUGCCUGUCGCCACCAGAACGAGUCCAAGUCCAGAAAAUAUUUGGCUAAGGUUUUGUGGCUGCUAACUUACGACGAUGAAAAGUUUUCACUGGCGGAGGCUGUAGAUAAAUACGUGGUUGGUGUCCCACCCAUACAGUGGCUGCCGUGGAUACCGCAACUUCUCACGUGUCUCGUGCGCAAUGAAGGAAAACUUAUGCUCAAUCUACUCAGUCAGGUUGGCCGUACUUACCCGCAAGCUGUAUACUUUCCACUUCGCACUCUCUACCUUACUCUAAAGAUAGAACAGAGGGAACGGUACAAAAGUGCUGAACUGGCCGCUGCUCUUUCUGGAAAACAGGCUCAAGGACAAGGAACAUCUGGAGCCUCUGACGCACAACAAAGGACUCUGAUGGCAGGCCAGGGCCCCACCCCUGAACAAGGGCCGAUGAAAGCUACACCUUCCAUGCUGCGCUGCUCUCACAUCAUGCGAAUGCAACGAGACAUCCACCCCACCGUUCUGUCCUCACUAGAGGGAGUUGUGGACCAAGUUGUCUGGUUCAGAGAGAAUUGGUAUGAAGAAGUGUUGAGACAACUACGACAGGGGCUGGCCAAGUGCUAUGUCGUUGCCUUUGAGAACAGGAAAGCAGUGAACGAGGCCACAAUAACUCCACACACACUGCAUUUUGUAAAAAAGCUUGUGUCAACAUUUGGCAUUGGAGUUGAGAACAUCUCGAGCUCAGUGAACACAAACGCUAGCAGUUCAGCCUCAGAGAGUCUAGCCAGGAGAGCUCAGGUCACCAUCCAGGACCCUGUGUUCCAGAGGAUGAAGGGUCAGUUCACAGCUGAUUUCGACUUCAAUGUUCCUGGAGCCAUGAAGCUUCACAACCUCAUACACAAGCUCAAGAAAUGGAUUAAGAUUCUGGAAGCGAAGACAAAACUCCUACCAAAGUCUUUCUUAAUUGAAGAAAAGUGUAGAUUCUUGAGUAACUUCAGCCUUCAAACAGCUGAAGUAGAACUACCUGGAGAGUUCCUGUUACCAAAGCAUUCACAUUAUUUCGUGAGGAUAUCCAGGUUCAUGCCUCGGGUUGAGAUCGUACAGAAGCACAACACCGCAGCCCGCAGAUUGUUCAUCCGAGGACACAACGGCAAGAUCUACCCCUAUUUGGUAGUAAACGACUCUGGACUGGGAGAUGCCAGGAAGGAGGAGAGAGUUCUGCAACUUCUUAGAAUGCUGAACCAUUAUUUGGGCAAACAGAAGGAAACAUCUCGGAGGUUCCUCCACUUCACAGUCCCACGUGUGGUGGCGGUGUCUUCACAGAUGCGACUGGUGGAGGACAACCCAGCGUCCAUAUCCCUGCUGGACAUUUACAAGUCGGGCUGUGCCAGUCUGAACAUGAAGCACGACGCGCCGGUGAGCAAGUACUACGAGCGGCUGGCUACCGUGCAGGCCCGCGGUUCCCAGGCCAGCUACCAGGUUUUGCGGGACAUACUGAGAGACGUGCAGAACACCAUGAUACCUCGGACCCUGCUGAGAGACUGGGCUCUGCGCACCUUCCCAUCACCUACCGACUACUGGACUUUCAGGAAGAUGCUGACCCUGCAGUUGUCUCUAGCCUGUUUUGCUGAGUAUGUGCUCCAUCUUACACGGCUUAACCCUGACAUGAUGUACAUACACCAAGAUUCUGGGCUUCUCAACGUUGCCUACUUCAAGUUUGAUGUGGAUGACUCUAAAGGAGAACUGGACGCCAACAGACCGGUGCCAUUCCGGCUCACACCUAACCUACAAGAACUGCUGACUGACAUCGGUGUGUGUGGGCCUCUGACUGCCAGCACCAUCGCUACAGCCCGCUGCCUUACUCACCCCAACUUCAAAGUGCAGACCAUCCUGCGGGCCAUCUUACGUGACGAGAUGAUCGCCAGCCACAAGAAGAAACAAGAGGACCAGGCAGAUAAUGUGAAUACUCCACCAACUGAUGUACCAGGAGAGCUGAUUAUCACCAUGGUAACAAGAGCAGUAUCUGCCAUCAUCCAGCGACUCAACAGUCUUGCCAACUUUGAAGGAACAGACAGCAAGGUGAGCACCCUGGUUGCAGCAGCCAAGAGUAGUGAUAACCUUUGUCGCAUGGACCCGGCCUGGCACCCCUGGCUCUAGAUCUCACCCUGCUACAACACCGCACUCAUUUCCAUAGUAUUAUUGUUAAACAUAAGUGAAUAUUGACUGUUAGUAUUAAUUUAUUUUGUAAUUAUUCUCAUACGUUUUAAUUGUAAGUGUAUCUCCUUGUGAUGUAUUUUUAUCCUGAUCAUAUGUUUUCUAGUUUAGUAUAAAAUUUGAUGACCUAGUUAAGUGUAAAUAAAGUUUGUUAAAUCAUAUAUCUUAUAAAUUUGUGAUAAAAUGUUACAUGAUAUUAUCACUUGGAUGUUAGUUAAUGUAAACAUCCAAAAAGCCAGUACUGUUAAGUGAUCUUGUCUCAAAUAAAUUUUAAGUAAGUAAAUAUAAUUUUAUACUAACA